AUGGCCGAGAAGGGCAAGGAAAAGGUGACUAUGAUGAAGCUGAAGGUGGAUCUUGAUUGCGCCAAAUGUUACAAGAAGGUCAAGAAAGUUCUUUGCAAAUUCCCUCAAAUAAGAGACCAACUGUUCGAUGAAAAAUCAAACAUCGUCAUCAUCAAGGUGGUUUGCUGCAGCCCUGAGAGGAUUAUGGACAAACUCUGUUCUAAAGGUGGCGGCUCUAUCAAGACCAUUGAGAUCAUUGAGCCACCAAAGCCGCCUCAGCCACAGCCACAAGCUCAGCCUCCUCCACAGAAGCCCAAAGAAGCUCCUAAAGCCCCAGAGAAGCCUAAAGAGCCCGAAAAGCCCAAACAGCCUGAAAAGCCCAAAGAACCUGAAAAGCCCAAGCAGCCUGAAAAGCCCAAAGAGCCAGAGAAGCCUAAACAACCUGCAGCUGCACCGGCUCCAGCGCCCGCUCCCGCUCCGGCGCCCAAACCCGCACCUGCACCGGCUCCGGCGCCCGCUCCAGCCCCGAAGCAGCCGGGUCCACCGCCACCACAGCCGAUGCCGAUGAUGCCGCAAGGGCAGCCCAUAGCGAUGUGUUGUGGGCCUUACUACGAUGGGUUUGGAGGUGGGCCAGCGUUUAAUGGGUAUGGAAUGCCGCCGCCGCAACCGUACGAGUGCUACGGCCGGCCGGUCUACGAUAGCUGGGGAGGAGGCCCACCACCUAGUUACCGACAAUGCCACGUCACCAGAUGUGAUUACUUCAGCGAAGAAAACCCACAAAGCUGCUCCAUCAUGUGA